AAAACCUAAUACGACGUUCUCCCCCAUUUUGCCGCCCUGAGUCCCUGACGCUGCUGAUAGAGCUGCUUUGUUUUCCCAUCGGAGAAGAAAACAAUGGGGCGAGUCAUCCGAGCUCAGAGGAAAGGAGCUGGGUCUGUUUUCAAAUCCCACACUCACCACCGCAAGGGCCCGGCUCGCUUCCGCAGCCUCGACUUCGGUGAGCGAAAUGGGUAUCUCAAAGGAGUGGUCACGGAGAUCGUCCAUGAUCCAGGCCGAGGCGCCCCACUCGCCCGAGUCACCUUCCGUCAUCCAUUUCGCUACAAGCACCAGAAGGAACUCUUCGUAGCUGCCGAAGGUAUGUACACGGGUCAAUUCGUCUACUGUGGCAAGAAGGCCAAUCUAAUGGUCGGCAAUGUAUUGCCGCUCCGAUCGGUUCCCGAAGGAGCUGUUGUUUGCAACGUCGAACACCACGUCGGUGAUCGAGGGGUCUUCGCCAGGUGUUCGGGCGAUUACGCUAUCGUUAUAAGUCAUAACCCUGAUAACGGCACUACCAGAAUCAAGCUUCCCUCUGGUGCAAAGAAGGUUGUGCCAAGUGGGUGCCGUGCAAUGAUAGGACAAGUCGCAGGUGGGGGGAGAACUGAGAAGCCCUUGCUCAAGGCAGGUAAUGCCUACCACAAAUACCGAGUGAAGAGGAACUGCUGGCCUAAGGUGCGUGGUGUGGCCAUGAACCCUGUAGAGCAUCCUCACGGAGGAGGUAACCACCAGCACAUUGGGCAUGCCAGUACUGUCCGUCGUGAUGCACCUCCUGGACAGAAGGUGGGUCUCAUUGCUGCACGGAGGACUGGUCGUCUCCGAGGCCAAGCUGCUGCUACAGCUGCUAAAGCUGAAAAGAGUUCUUAGAGAGAAGGUUUUUCUUUCGUCUUAGCCAGGAGACUUUAUUUAGAUUUCUUCCUUUUUAUCCCCCACUAGAAUACACUACUCUUCAUCAGACACCAGUAUCUUAGUAGUUUUGUAGCAAGUUUUGCUGAGCAUGGUUUGUGGCGUUUUACUUUUCUGAAUAACAUUUUUUUUUUAUAAUUGAUGGUUGAAUAAACUCAAUUUCAUGUUAAUGCUAGUGUAGCCUCAGCUUUUGUGUU